GGAUCUGAACAGUUUGGAGCCGAGCUUCGUCAUUGGUGGAUCCAAGCGGAUGUGGAAAGUGAAACUGAGGAAAGUCGUGUUGUGUUAUCUUGUAAAGCCGUCUGCAUUGUCGAUUUUGCAUACCAGUUAAUCAAAACAGAGCGCAAAAGAGCGAGAGAUCGAACGAUGAUCAAUAUUAAUUCGCGAGUGUUGCUGAUCGCAUUGCUCUUUGCGAUUGUUGGGAAAGUGGCACGCGCCCAAAUCGCCUUCGUCGAGGAUCAAGACAUUGAUAAGAAGAAGGCCAACCUUGAGGGUCGCAAGCCGCUUUAUUCCCCAGCCCGAUGCCCCAAGCACCAGCUUCUUUAUCCGGGGGACCAGCAGAAGCAAAACGACUGGGUCUGCGACUGCGCGCCAGCCACUCUGUAUUACCCAGAGACCGAUGCCUGCUAUCCGGCCUACCGACAGGGACCCUGUGAACCGGGACAAAUGCUAGUGCUCUACAAGGAGCAAGUGAUCCCGGAGUGCGUGCGCAAUCCCUGUAACCGAGAUGGGCUUUUUAUGAUUCGCGAUACUUGCUACGAAUUCGGUAACACCAAGCACGAUGGUAAUCCGUGUCCUUACAAGGAGGCAACCUUUGUCCUGGGCGUUAAUCCCACCAACUUGAUGGUGGAUUGUGUCAAGCUGUCUGUGCAACUCGAGACACGCUUCUCGGAGAUCUCGGAGAAGGCUCCGCCGGAAUACUACGUCGAGCUGGCCGAAAAGUGCGCCCGUGGCAGUCGCCUUUUGGCCCAAGGAAAGUGUGCCUAAAAGUUCAUAACAAAAGAUUUUAAAUGGAUAACAAAUAUGUGUUUAAUGUAUUGUGUUGUACGGUGCUGUAUAUCCCAGUGAAGAAUUUCCAAUUUGUUCAACGUUUACAGAAUGUUUUUUGGAUGACAUUUUUAUAAAGACCAAUUCACAAAUUAA